AUGGCCAGCGGCAGAUUGCAAUUAAUAGUGGAGCCAGCGCCUCCAGCCUCUGUGCCAUCCUUGUCCUUUCACGUCUUUCCCUACCUCCCUGUCGAGCUCCGGCUAAAAAUCUGGCGCUACUCUUUCGUUCCCCGUUGCGUCGAAAUUCACGCCCGCAGGUCGCAUUACGCCGAUGACUUCCAACAUGGAGGUGUGCCAAAAUGGCAAAGCCGAUGUAAAAAUCCUGUUGCGCUGUCAGUAAAUUCCGAGGCGAGAUCCGCCGCAUUGGAUUGUUAUCCCGUCAAGCUCCCCCUUGCGACUGUUGCGCCAUAUGAGCAUGCUGGCGAUAGCAUAAACGACUUGAAUCGUGUGUUGUAUAUUAAUCCUGCGGUUGAUACCCUCGUUGUACUUGGUGAUCUGGACUACCGCAGAAUGUCGCGACUACUAUCUGGCUUGAGUCUUCGUGAUCCGAAGGGAAAAGGUUUGCAGAGAUUGGCUGUCAGCGCUAGCUGGACGUAUCAUCAAGGAGCUGGGGAUACGAUUAGAAUGCUUGUUAAACAUAUGUUUCCCGAGCUUCUUGAGCUGACUGUGUUUAUGUACGCUGAAAAAAUGCCCCCCAUUGAUUGGGCUGGCGGAGUGUGCGCGUUGGAAGAUUGUAGCGGGACAGACUACUACAAGCGCUAUGCAAUGGGAAGAGGCCAACAGAUGAAGGAUGGGGAUAAAUGGAUGGUGAUUGGGAAGAAAGAGAUACGAGUAAUGGAGCUCACUUUCAGGCAUGGAUGGUAG